CAGCGCGACCGGUGGGAUAGUCAACACCGUCCACCCCCCCAAUAAGCCUUUGUAUAAUAUAUGUAUAUAUAUAUAUCGUGCUCGUUAAAUUGUAUCAUAAAAAGUUGUACAGUGUAAAUAAAAAUUAAAUAGAUUUCACGUUUAUCGGACGAAAUUAUCAAAAAAUAAUUGAAUCUAUCACAUCCCGUGUACUCAUCCCGGACGCGGGGACAGAGAUCGAUAAGAAAGAUGUUUCCGACGUUAUCAUCGUUCAAGGCCACUGAAAUGACGGCCAAUUGGAUAAGUUUACGAUUAGGUAUGUCAAAGGGCACCAAUGGAAAGGCCGAAAUCGCUAACGGCAACGGAGUGCCGAUCCUCAAGGCGCACCCUGAUCUCCAGGCAAGACUGACCACCUUGGCCGAUGACUUUAAAUCCCGUUUUCAAGAAGAGCCGGAAUUUUUCGUCAGAGUGCCUGGAAGGGUCAAUCUGAUUGGUGAGCAUGUCGACUACUGUGGAUACUCCGUAUGUCCCAUGGCCAUUGAACAAGACAUUCUACUAGCUGUUGCCAGCAGCAAGGAAGCCAAUCUUCGUUUGAUCAACUUCGAUCCUAAGUAUCCGGACUUUCAAUGGGACUUUCGUGCGGUCAGGCAGUGGACCAAGACCGGAAACGGAGCACCCUUAUGGCACGAGUAUUUCCUCUGUGGAGUCAAGGGGGCCAUGGAAGUAAUUCCCGAAGGACAUCUUCCUACGGGUGUCCUGGUUAACCUGUCAGGCAACAUACCACCCGGUUCAGGACUCUCGAGCUCAAGUGCACUGGUAUCAGCUGCAGCCCUUGCUACUAUGCACAUCAGCAAGUGUCAACUGUCAAAAGAAAGCAUGGCGAACCUAACCGCAAAAGCCGAGAGAUACAUUGGAACUGAGGGUGGCGGUAUGGAUCAAGCAAUCGCUUUUCUGGGAAAACAAGGAUCUGCAAAACUCAUCGAAUUCAACCCUCUGAGAGCGACGGAUGUGACGCUACCGGAAAGCGCCGUGUUCGUGAUAGCACACAGUCUGGCUUCGCACAAUAAAGCAUCUACGGACGAUUACAACCUGAGAGUGGCAGAAUGUCGAAUGGCGGCGCAAGUAAUCGCCAAGAAGAGAAGCUGUCAGUGGGAGUACGUGAAAAAGCUGUCGGACGUGCAGAAACAAAUUGGGAAGAACUUGGAAGAGAUGUCUGCCGUAGCUAUGGAGGAGUUGCACGAGGAGCCUUAUACGUUUGAAGAGAUAUGCAAUAUCCUGGAGACGACGCAGGAACACAUGAAAACGGCCAGUUUAACAACAACCUUUAGUACCUCGCAAAAUUUCAAACUUCAGCAGAGGGCGCUGCAUGUAUUUCAGGAGGCUGCAAGAGUACAAGUGUUUCGUGACACUUGCGAGGAGAAGAAAGGAAACGAGACGGAAAAACUUCGUUGUCUGGGCAGUCUUAUGUCGAAGAGUCACGCCAGCCUGCGACAACUUUACGAGUGCAGUCAUCCGAACGUCGACGCCCUCGUCGACGACGCCGUCAGCUGUGGCGCUCUGGGUGCCAGACUCACUGGAGCUGGCUGGGGCGGUUGCGUGGUUGCCAUCACGACCGAAGAUAAGGCUCGUGAAUUUAUGGAGGCUCUUGAAAAUAAAUUUUAUAAACAUCGCAAACACGAGAAUACUGAAAUCAAGGAUCUUCUCUUCGUCACUCAACCGAAUCAGGGCGCCGCGAUAUAUACAGUCUGAGUCCUAAUAAAAUUACCUCGUUGUAUUAAAAUACAAAGGACCAAUGUCUUGCGCAAUCUUAUUAUACGUAUCGUACUGAAUGAAAUUUUAUUGUAAUAAAAUGAAUAUUACAAAAAAAUUG